UGCUCUUUUUGUGUAGGAAAAAUCUUUCUUGAGUCAGAGGAAAUAGUAUAAGCCCAGUGUUGUGUUCCUCAGGUUCCUAAAUGCAUACACAAGGCCAAGAAAUCUCCUAUUUAAGAACCCUAGCUCUCUCCCUUAUCUACUUGUUUCUAUCAAUAGCUCCAACUUGUGUUCUCUUGCCUUUAGUUAAUGAAGGAGGGCCUUUUUGAGUCAGAGAUGCAGUAACCUGUUGAGAGCAGAUCGUUUCUCUCAGGCAAUGGAGUCUUCGUCCCAAGCGUCUGAAGGUUCAGAGGAAUGUCUGAGCAAUGAAUCUGGGUGGACAAUGUAUAUUGGGUCUCCAAUGCAAGAAGACGAUGAAGGUGCGGGUGACGAACAAAGUACUCACAACAAUGAUGAUGAUGAUGCAGAAGAUGGAGGUCAUAAAGGUGAUAAAGAUGGUGGUCAUGGUGAAGCUGAGAGUGAUGAUUCAAUGGCCUCUGAUGCAUCUUCACGUCCUAGUUAUAGAGGAUGCGUUGCCUCAAAAAAUGCUGCUAAAAAGGGUCCGUCCAAGAAUGAUUACAAGGAGGAAGAUGAUGAUGAUCUCAAGCAAAGAGCUGAUGGCACUGAUCCUUCUCCGAGUAGAGGCAAGGUGAGCAAGAGCUUGAGGAUAAAGAAAAGGAAGUAAAUAUAUGUUUUCUUGGGUUCUCUACUGGAAAUUCUCAUAGCUUUUUGGUGCUGGAAAAAAAAUGUUUCUUUCUUUCUCACUGAUAUGAGAGGGGUUUUAGCUAAGUGUCAAGGGGAUAUGCCUUUUUGCUUUUUUGGAUCAUAAGUACUGUAAGAGCUCAAUCCAAAGUUAUAUGAUGUUGUUGAAGGUAUGAAAGAUUGCAAAUAUCUAAAGAAAGAGCUUCUGUCA